AUGAUUACUGUAGGAUACGGUGAUGUUUUACCCACUAACCCGAAAGAAUAUGUAUUGUGUAUAAUUACUAUGUUAGUUUCUUGCGGAGUGUUUGCUUAUGCAGUUAAUUAAAUAGGAAGUAUUUUUGAAUUGCUUUUUAAAUAGGAAAAAGAGUUGAAGGAAAUGAUUUAUAGAAUUAGUAAUUAUAUGCAUUUGAAGAAAGUAUCUAAAGAAUUAUAAUUUGAAAUUAGAGAAUAUUUAUAAUAUUAUUGGAGAGAAGAAAAAAAUAGAGAUACAGAAUAAGAAGAAAAAAUAAUAGGAUAAUUAAGUGAUAAUUUAAAAGAUUUAUUGGCCUUAGAAGCUAAUAAUUUAGUUUUGAAAGACUCUGUAGUCUUUCGAAAUAAUUUCAGUGAAAGUGUCAUUAGACUAACUGUCCCUUUAAUAAAGGAAAGUAGAAUAACUCCCGAAGAAGUAAUAACAGUAGAAUGUGGAAGGGAUGAUUCUUGCAUUUAUUUUAUUGAAAAAGGUCAAGUGGAAGUCUUUAUAGACUAGUUUAGAAAAAGCAGAACUUAUUUAAGAAAAAUUAUCGGUUAUAUUGGAAGAGUUAUAUGGAUUCUUAGAUUAUAUGAACGAUGA